AUGCAUACGUUCUACACUAUCCGCUUUCCUCCGCCUGCCCCCCAGAGAGGGCUCGUGGAGUACCAACCAAUACGUGUCACCAACAAGGCGAUGGAAUCAUUGCUGUUCUGCAUUGUCCACACGAUCGAGUUCCAGAGCCCCUUGCAGCCAAUAAAGCAGCAGGUGCCGUCACCUGGGGGGACCUCUGGCAAAGGUAGUGGAUCGCGGAACGAGGAGUAUGUCUCGCCAGUCGUGAGCUCCAGCACACUGCUCGGGAACGUGACGUACGUGGCGCGAAAUGAGCACAACCCGAGUGUUCUUGUCUCACUCCGUUCGGCAGUGGAGGCAGCCCGCGCCAUUCAGAUUCCCGAGAAGAGCAAUGAGGUGCCCUUUGAGCUUCGUGUGCGGCUUCUGCGUCGUCAGCGGGGUUGGUUCUGGUGUGAGUUACGACCGCUCGUAGAAUGGGUGUUUCGAAUGAUCAAAACAAGAGAAGAGUUGAGUUUCCCUGCUGUGCAUAGUGACGCAACCGAGCGGGCGCGUCAAAAAUCAUUACCCGGCACGGCACCCGUGAGGCGCACCUCUGCAUCGAAAGGAGGGCAGGGUCGUGUUCAGGAGGAGGGUAUUGUGUACUCGAACGACCCAGGGCAAAUUCGUCAGGUGCUGAAGUUUAUCGUGAAGAAAAGCUAUGAAGACAUCGAGCUCAACACAUACGCUGACUUUAGAUCUGGUGAGUUGGUGUUUGAUAUAUCUGUACAGGAGGUUUCGUGA